CAAGCCAGGCAGUUGAAUUAGCUGUUUCUAUUUUGGAUGCACAUUCUACUGAAGAGAGCCUUACAAUGGAUUGGACUCACAAAUUACCAGGAAUAAUCUCAGACGAGCAAACUUCCACAGCCAGUGUGUCUGGUGCUCCGUCCAUGAAGAGUGAGAACUCAAGGCAUAUCCCACCCAACAUGGCUCCCUCCAUGAAGAGUGACUGGUCAAGACAUACCCCACCCAAUAUGGCAGAAGAGAGAAGGUCUGUGGACUCUGGUUAUGCUCCUUCUCAGUCCUCCUGGAGUGUGUCCUCUGGAUCAGUGCUGUGUGAUGUCUGCAAUGGCCCUGCAGUGAAACGCUGUCUAACCUGCAAUGACUCCUACUGUGGGAUCCAUGUGAAGGACCACUACACAUCUCCAGACCUGGACAGCCAUGAGCUACAGGAUCUCCAUUACUACAGCAUCUGCCCACAGCAUCACAAAAGGCUGAAGUUCUACUGCAGAACCGACCAAUCAGCAAUCUGCUCAGACUGCUUCCUGUACAAUCAUAAUGGGCAUGAUGUCAUCAAACAGACUCCUGAAAGGACACUAUCAGAGACCAUCAUGAAAACAGGUGUUCCUCCUCCUGGUCCAAUCCAGUUUGUGUCAGUGGGGACAGGCUCUGUGACAUUACGCUGGUCACCUCCAGAGGGCGCUCCUGGUCACCGCACCUUCAAGGUCACCUGGACAGGAGGUCAAAAACAUUGCAACCUUAUGGUGACAGCUACCAGUAUAGAGGUGACCGAGCUGACUCCAGGAGAGAAGUACCACUUCACUGUGGCCACCCUCAGCCAAGAUGGCCGCCAGAGCACACCUGUGGAGGAGGCAGUUUACACUGAGGUCCCCCCUCCACAGAAUUUCUGGGUGGAGGUGGACUUGAAGUCACUCUCAGCUACUGUGACCUGGACCAAACCAGCUGGAGUGGACCAGGUGACUUACCUGCUGGAGGUCAUAAAAAAACAUGGAGACAAACGCACCGUCCAGAGAAACUCCUGCCAGUACACCAUCACUGAUCUGCAACCGGAUGCAGGCUACACCAUCAAUGUCACCACUGCUGUCAACAAUGGCCGUCAGAGUAAACCGGUCUCCAAAACCUUCAGCACAGAGGUCCCUCCUCCACAGCAUCUCCAGGUGACAGCGUACUUCAACACACCCAUAGCCAGUGCAACAUGGACCAAACCAGCUGGAGUGGACCAGGUGACUUACCUGCUGGAGAUCAUGAGAGACCAAGAAGACAAACGCACCUUCCACACGGACUCCUGCCAGUACACCAUCACUGGCCUGCAACCAGAUGCAGACUACACCAUCAACAUCACUACUGUAGUCAGCAACGGCCGUCAAAGUCAACCGGCCUCCAAAGCCUUCCGAACAGCGCCCACCCGUUUACAACUAAUGAAAAAAUCAUAUGCACAGAUGUUUAAUUUCCAGUCAUAACAAUCGUUGCACGUAAUGCGUGAAGUUACACAUUCUCUCUCUCUCACACACACACACACAUACUCAACCACACAUAUGUAAUGGAGGCUAACUAGCAGAGUUGAUCAAGGCUUGUCUCAAAUUUGCUAAAAACAUAACAUAGACAAUGCAUACAAAGCUUCUGAAAGAAUAGUCUGUGGACAGAUGAAACAAAAGUUGAACGGGGUGUUCCGAAUCACUGAUGUUUUCAUUUUACAUGUGAAGGGAAUGAAAUAAUAUAAAUUAAAGUACUAACGUCAGUUCUGGCCAGGCCAUGGUAGUCAAGAAGUUUGCCGCCCUCCCCUUCAUCUAAUGAUCCAGGUGCAUUCCCUCAGCUGAUAAUCUUUCUUCCCUAGCGAUUGGCCACACGGCUUCGGCACACCUUUUAAAUUCUAUCUACUUCCUCUCAACUGUAUGCUGCUCGGUUUUUGCUACCCACCACCUCCCCUGCUCCACCUUGUCGUGUAUGAUGUGACAUGUUCUCUUUUCACGUCGCUUGGCUCUGUUCAUGGGGGGUUAUCUCUCGCCCUGUCCUGUUGUGGUGAGAAUUCCCUAAACUGCUGCUGCCCCCUGACUAAAUGCUUUUCCAUGCUGCUCAUGGAAAUAGAGGAGUUCCUCCGAACAGAGCUAU